CCCUUCCGUGCUGGUGCCCGCCACAGCAGCGAUAGAAAAUGGCGAGUCUGUGCAAACGGCAGCAAUGCACAAUCGACAGGCGCGGCUUUCGGCAGGAACUUGACUCGUGGCGACACAAACUCCUUCACUGUGUAGGUUUUGAGAGCAUUCUUGAAGGUCUCUUCGAUCCAGAGCUGGUAGAGGAUCUGAAAUUAUUUAAGGAUUUCGAGCCAGUUGCAGUGUCUGAUUGGUCAUUUGAUGAAAACUGUCUUUUCUGCUGUUUGAGACGAGAUAAAGUAAAAGAACACCUAAUUGGCUUGAACAGUGAGGGGAUUGAAGACACACCCAAACCCCUCCUGGUUAAAGAUCAGAUCACAAUCAGCAGGCUAGAAAAACAAGCUGAGGAAUUUCUCAAUGCAGUCCUCUGCAGAAAAGAUGUGCCAAAUUUUUCAGAUCCACACAUUCCAGUAGUGGCUCGAGAGAUCCUUCAGAAAAUGAUCAGACAGUUUGCUGCCGAAUAUACCUCAAAAACCAGUUCCCCUCAGGACAGUUGCUCAGAUUCCCAGCAUCACUCUGACCAAAGCCUGUCGACCCCACCGUUGCUGUCAGGGGCUCCUCCUCCACCCAGCAGCCCCGCUGGAACCCUGUCCGGGCCAACACUUAACCCCGUCCUCAGCAAGCUCCUCAUGGCUGACCAGGAUGCUCCUCUUGACCUCACCAUCAAGAAGCCCCUGGCAGAGCCGACUGAACAAGAUGGAGUUCUGGAUUUAUCCAUCAAAAAGAAUCGCUAUUGCAGCAGCCUGCCCGUUCAUAGUCCCACCUCCACAAUAAAGGGUGAGUCUCAAGAUAUUCGUGUCACAAAGGCAAAAGACCUGCAGUCCACCUCCACUCUGGUACAAUUCAUGGCCAAGCUCUGUCCACACCAUCAGAGACAAAUAGUCAGUGCUAUUGGAUAUCUGCAGACGGAGGUCAAAGCUCAGUCCCAUACACAUAAGUCCUAUAACCCUACGUCUGGUGUCCAGAGAAUGGCUUGUUCCCUUGCAAAAUCCAGUACAGCCACCCCCGAGCCAAGAUUUCCCAUUAAGGUUGCUCCCAAGUCUGAAAUCCAGGAAUUGUCCCAUUCCAGUGAAAUCGGUAUGAAACACGCACCAGGGAGCGCUUUUACACUGAAAACUUCCGUAACUGCUCACCCUGUUUUGGAUCUUCGUGGCCCUGAGACUGUAAGUAACAAGGCUUUGACAACUUCUGCUGCUAGUCCAGCGGAUCCGGAGAACAACCGUCAAGGUGAUCACGCACCUCUAAAGAUGAAAAUUAUGACCAGCAAUGUAGCGGCUGGUAAGAGGUUGUCAUGUGUGCUCAAUGCCUCUCUUUCUUCUAAGCCUGACACUUUGGAGGCUAGACGAGGGAACUCAAACUCAUCCAGCAGAACAGAAACUCAUAGCGCCCGACUCAGCUCUACUCUGAAAAGACACACACUUCACGCCCGACAAAGAGAAGUCCUUGGUCAUGCCAAAGAAAUGGCAGCCAAAGUGUUCCCGAUCCACAUGACCAUUUCUUCAGACUCUGCACGGACUGCCAGGAAGACCAUCAGAACGGCCACUGAUCAUCUGACCAAGGACUCCCCCUGUAAGACAGUGAUCGACCCUGAUCUUGGUCACUGUGACAUUGUUUUCAUUGACAAACCAAUUACAGAGUGUUUUAAAAAACGACACCGCAGCAUGACCCCACGCCGCAAUGCCAGAAAAAGCACCCGGGGGCAUAUGUAUUCAGAUGAAAUUUGGGAGUUGAAAACUGUCAGGACACUUGCUGGGAGGGGCAACUGUCCUAACCCCAUGCCAGAGCUGAUCACCUUAGUCACCCCCAAACAAAUAUUUUCCCGGCCUGAAAGUGUGCCGCCUUUGGAUAUUCCUUUUGUUGGAACAUGCAGGGAGACAGCAAAUCAAGAAAUGACCAUGGAGCAGUCAGUUGAGAGUGCAAUACCAGUAACUGAAGAUAUCGUUGAGGUAGCAGCCAGUCAAGUAGAUGUGUUGGUUAAGACUAGUCAGACAAGCCAGUGUCAGAGCAAGGGGCAGACUGGUCCUCCAUCUCCAUUCCAGUCUCCAGCUAAAAAUAUGGAAAGUGCUACGGACAUAGAUGUAGCGCAAGAAUCAACUGCAGAUUCAGGCACUACACAAACAAAUGAAGAAAAUGUAAGUCAGACUCCAGUUGAAGCAGAAAAGGAUACCGAAUCAGAAGCCCAGGGAGAAACAGAUGAUAGCACAGAGCAAAAAGUGGCACAAACAAUAGAGGAACCUUUCAAUAAUAAAAGCAUGGAAGAAACUGAGCCCCAGCCCCCAUCAGAUGAACUUCACAUUGGUGAGUCUGCUCUCCAGCAGACCAGCUCCUCAUCACCAGUUACUCAAAUUGAAGGAGAGCAUGAUAAUAGGGAGGAAUUAAAAGAUGCGCUACCACAGGAAUGUCAGCCAGAGAGAGAUGUACACUGUGAUGACUUAAAAUUGACAGAGAAAGUCAAUACCACGGGUUCUGAUGGGAAUGUGAUCGUGGAAGAGUCCGAAAAAGAGUUUUCAAAAGUUGAUAGCGCCGAGGACCAAGACGACGACGAUGAUGAUCAUGACGUGUCCUCAAAGACACUCAAUGCACUCCUUAAAGAACUUCCACCCUGGCGCAGAAAAAAGGGUACUAAAAUUCUGCUACCGAAGCACAUGAGACAAACACAAACAACAAUAGUGGGUUAUGUUAAUGGAAGACCCAUAAAUGCCUCUGACAGAAGUCUGCGUCGUCGAGCUGGUAAUACUAGGCCGCCGUCUAAAACGCCAGUAAAAUCUAGUGACGCCACCAAGAUUGGUCACUUAGUUACUGAAAGCAGUCCCUCGGAAAAACCAACUCCUAGUCCACACACACCUUCAAAAUCAGUCGAGCCAGCUCCUCUAAUUGAGAAGUUAGCAGAACCACUUAUUAACACAUCAAGCCCAAUAUCAAAAUCUCCCGUAAGAACCAAGCAAACCCAGAAACAAAAACAGCCUCAGAGAACUCAAGGUAGUCCUGUACUUUCUGAUCCGCCUGCCGAUUCUUCUUCCAAUACAGAGUCCAAACGGCAGCUUAGAUCAGCCAGACAGAAAUUGAAUGGGACACCACUCCCCACUUCGAAUGCCAUCACUCCUGUUGCAAUUCCUGAAGCAACUGUGACUCCCAGCGUUUCACCUACAGAGCAGGCACCUUCCCCUCUGCCUUCCCAUGCACAUUCAAUCUCCAUGUCUCCACUUGUCAGGUUAACAGUUCCUCCACACCCUGAACAGUUAAGACAGGACACAGUUCCAGAAACUGUGGAAGAAAACACUGAAAAUACUCAACAAGAAGAAGCAACUGAUGAAACACACAAGAGCAUACAAGAAAGUCGAUUGGAGACCAAACAGAAACUGAGAUCUGCUAAAAGUACAGAUGACAACAGCAAAAAUGAGAAACAGCAACUUGGCGAAGUAUCAAGUCCUUUGAUAAAUAAAAGUCCUGUAAAGGCUGAAAUGCAAGUGCAGCUUAUGCCAUUAAGAAGUAAACGGUUUCUUCGAAAAGAAUCAGAAGCAAGUGAUGUUGCUUUGCUCCCAAAGCCAAAUGUAGAAUCUUUGGAAGACAGGGGUGCAAGUGGAGAUGAAAGCAGUUCUUCCAUGUCAGACAAGCCUACAAGAAUGCCAUUAAGAAGUGAGAACAAUAAAGCAGAAGCAUCCCAUCAGUCUUUUCCUCAGUCACCCCAGGCUAAAAACAAGAAAUCAGCUUUGAGAUCACACCAAUUGGCUUCACCUUCUACUAGUUCUCCUACUCCAGCUGGAGAGCAGAAUGAUGUAAGUUCCCCAGUUAGAAUAAUGCCAGCGAGAGGAAGUAAAGCCCAGGUAAAAUCCCCUUCAGCUUCUGCGCCCCACAGCUCACACACGCAUAUUGGUUCCUCAAAACAUGACCCCUCAAAACCAACCACAAACAAGUUCUAUCAGACUAUGACUGGAGAAGAAAGCCAACACCUAAUUACUAAUCUGAAUAUCAGGUAUGAUAAGAUGCAAAAAGGAUGGGUACAAAUGGACAAAGAGGGUCAGCCAGCAACAAAGUAUAGAAACAAGGCAGACAGGCAGGCAGCUAUAUGGAAAAGCAAACGCAGGACACGAAAACCAAAGUCGUCAGAGCACCAGAAAUACUCCCCAGUCCAAAUGCUUUUCAUGAAAGGUUUUAAUCUCACCAGUAUUUGUCGCUGGUUUCUGGAAUCAACAGAAACAAAGUCCCUCGUCAUUGUCAAAAAAGUGAACACGCGUCUUCCAUCAGAAACCCAGUUGUGCUUCCACAGCUCGUCGAGCGCAUCAGGGACCUCUCAGGGGGUUUUUCCUAGCUUGCAGGCAGAGCGCUUAAAAAAACAUUUGAAAAAAUUCGCCAUUGCUUCUCCUGUAAAAAGCAAUCCCAAGAGUCAGAAACUGAUUGCUAAAGUGCUGGAGCAAGAGGCUAAUGUAGUCAAAGGGAAAGAGAGAGGAGAGCUUCCUAGUACUACUCAGACUCUGAAUAAAUCAUACUCCUCUGCCAAAGCAUGUGCACAGAAAAACGAACCCAAGAAAUCUUCUGGAAAAUCAAAAAAUCCAGCGAGCGCAAGGAUCCUGAGAAAAUAUUCCAACAUACGAGAGAAGAUGCAAGUUCAGCAGACCACAGUGAGACUGAAAGAGGCCUCAAAAAUCAUUAAAACCAAAAGCAUUAAGACACUGGACACUCCAAAGUCUCCCAAAAAAUCAAAUGUGAAGCCAUCUCUGAAGGCACCUAAGUCGCCCCUAACGGUCAGCAAACAAACCAAGGAGGCGGCAGCAAAAUUGGAAAAAAGGAAAACGUUGGCUGCAAAGAAAUCUCCGAAGCUCGCCGCUCAAGAGAAAGCAGUGAAGGCAUCUAGCAGCAGCAGCAGACCUUCAAAAGAUGUGACGAAAAAAGAGGUCCCAAAGAGAAGUUCUCAACGCCUUGGCUGUACAAAGGUAUCUGGAAAUGUUCCCUCUGAACCUUCGAAAAGUAAAGCUGAGAAAAAACACACAGAAACCGAGAAACCACAAGUGGAAAAAAAUGCAGUAAAUAAAGUGAAUUCUGCAAAAACGCAAACUAAAGAAUCCUCACAUAUUACAGCUGCUGAACUGAAAGGCACCGAGAAGGCUGCUGAAACGCCGAAGCAGAGCUCGGAAGUAAAAGUUCCCACCUCACCUGAUCAGGUUCUCACCAGAUCCCAGAGAAAAAUGGAGGCAGCGGCUCCUGCGAGUGAAAGCCCCAGUAAUGCUCUGAAGAGGGCCACGAAAUCCACAACAGUGCAGAACGCAACGUCUAAAUCAGCCAAGAAAACCGACGAACCUGCACAGACGAGGAGUGUGGCAAAGAGAAGCCAGGCCGUCUCAUUGCCACGCAGCGCCUCAAAGCUGGCAAACAAGAGAGCUCAGGAGCUUCUGGAGACUCCAGCAAAGCGCACUAGAACAUCGCUGUCGAGAUAAAAUCGUGAAGGUCAUCCUUAUUAAAUUUGCUUUGAUUUAUCUGGAAUUUACUCAGAAGGACCAAAUGUGUUUAUUUCGUAUGCUCAUCAGGCCUGUUUUCUGAGGUAACUGUGGAAGAAACCUAAUUUGAGAUUCAUUUAUGCUUUUGUGAAGCUUCCGUAUGAAAAUGCAAAUAUGACAAACUCGUUUUCCAGUGUUUGGUCUGUGUUCAGGGACGACUCGAUGUCUCACUGGUGUAGCGGCUUUCUGACUUUAUGUUUCUGCACUCUGACAUGGCUGGAGAUGACAAGGGCCUCACGAGCUGGAUCUUAGAAGUCAGGAUAACCAACACGGAACAUUAAUGAAGUCGUCAAAGUGACUUUUAAGUCAUUGAUCAUAGGGUUUUUUCUUCUCUUUUUUUUAUGUACUUGUUGUUGUAGAUGAUCAUGUGCCCGGCAUUAACUGUCCAGAGAGCUCUGGAUGAAAAGUGUUGCUUGCAAACAGGAGGCAAUUUGUAUCUCCAGCCUGUCUUCCAAUCACAACAUUGUGAAUAUGUAACUGUUGUGACCAGGUGCCUUAUUUAUGAAGUGUGAUAGAAUGUGUUGCAAAAAUGUGAAAAACCCCUGUCUUUGAGUUAGAGCCCCCUCCCUCUUCCCGGAGAGGCAGCCAGCUGUCUUUGGCUUUGUAUCGUGUGCAAACCGUUUCCGUUUCAAUCCCUCUUCAAGUUGUUUUGGACGACAGCGUUCAUCUUCGGUCCCCACAGCUGCCGGAGCCCAGUCCAGCUUUCUCUGACCAGUCACUUUCAUCUUUACGCCCAACAUCCCAGAGCAUUAACGUUAAGAUGUUAUUGUCGCUGUAUAGGUUUUGACAGGUGUGAUUUAUAUGUGUCAUAUGUUUUUUUUUUUCUUAUGUUGUUCAAAGACAGGUUUCAUCUCUGUACAUUUACAGUCUCUUUUGAGCCAUUGUGUGUUUUAACAAUGGGAACUGAACAGUCCACCUGUCACUGCGUUCAUCGAUUCUUUUCAGUGCGAAGCCGCUUGGAGCCCCUCCUACAGUAAUUAUGUCAGCCGGUUCAAUUUUGCGUACAAAAGCUGUACUGAAGAAAAGAUCUGAAUUGACUGUGCGACAACCACCUGUGCAACAACCUCCAUAAAGAGAACCAACUUCAAAAGAAACGUUCAGCUGGCCAUUUAGAAUGUUGUUUGCAUCUUGAAUUUAAAUGUAGUAAUUCUUCUGGGGUAGUCCACUCACACGCCUGAGUGGUGCGUCCACCUGUGUCACUACUUCUGAUUUCUUUUUUUCGUUGUCAAUGAUUUACUGGCAGAUGUUCUCAUAAUGUGAAGUUUGUUUACUUCCACAGUAGUAACUUGUAUUAGUGUAAUAGCCAAUGGAAAAAAAAAAAAAAAACAACAAC